UAUCCUCAUUCCAUUCGUACUUUUAUUUCGUUCGAAAAUAAAUUUAUUCAAAAAAAUGCCGAAAAAAGUAUUCAUGGACAUCACAGCUGAUGGGGCGCCGCUUGGAAAGCUGGUCUUCGAGCUGAACACUGAAAAAUGCCCUAAAACAUGUGAGAAUUUUGUGAAACUUUGCACCGGGCCGCCUGGUUUUGGAUACAAGAAUUGCGUGUUUUAUAGGGUUAUUCCCACUUUUUGUGCUUGUUCCGGCGAUUUUGAAACCCAAAAUGCUCGCCGAGACGGUGGAAAAUCCACGUUUGGCACCAAAUAUUUCGACGACGAGAAUUUCGAGAUUCUUCACGACAAAAAAGGAAUCCUAGGAAUGGAUAACUAUGGCUGGGAGAACACAAACUCGUCACGAUUCUACGUGACGUUUCGCGAAACUCCGUGGAUGAACCGAUUCCACGUGGCGUUCGGCGAGCUCGUCGAGGGAUUCGAUGUUCUGGAUGCUAUUGAGAAUCUGGGAAUUCUGGAAGGAAAUGGGCCGCAGCAGGGCAGGACAAAGGCCAAUAUUGUGAUUGCUAAUUGUGGUGUUUUUGAAUAAAUAAAUAGCAAUUAAACAAAA